AUGGCCAAUGUUGCAACAGUUAUUGAGACACAGAAAUCUCUGGAAUCUGCACUGAUGCAUAGAAUGAAGGAAUUCGAAGAUAAACUCAAGUCAUCUUCAUCCAAUAAAGAAAAGGUUCCCCAACUGGAAGAAGAGUUUAAAUCCUUCAAAGAAAUCGUCUGGAGUGUUGUUUCUCUGCUAAGGCAACAAAUUAAUGAAGUUUUGAGGACAGUGGAUCAGCUGGAAACGAGGCAUCGGAGCAAGCACCUUCUUUUCUGUGGAGUUCCAGAAGAGCCUGAUGAAGACUUGAAAGCUGCUGUAGCAACUCUUCUUCAAAAACAUCUGGGCAUCAGAGAAAUUGAGCCAUCAUCAAUUAAAUUGUGCCACCGCCUGGGAGCCCCGGCUGUGGGUCGCUCUCGUCCUGUUGUUUUACGUUUCUUCAACAGCAAUCUACGGGCCACUGUAUGGAAACUGAAGACCAAACUGAAAGGCUCUUCUUUGGUGCUAAAAGAGUUCCUCACCAAGCCACGUGAGGCAGUGUUUCAUGCGGCUCGAAGUCAUUUCGGAGUUCCUAAUGUUUGGUCAGCUGACGGUAAUAUUUUCGUCAAAACUCCUGAUGGUAAUCGCCUGCGUGUCGUUUGCAGUGAUGAACUCGAUACUAUUGUAAAGCAGUAUCCCAGUAUCGCAUCAACAGACAAAACUUCGGUCACUGCGCCUGUUGUUGGUGAAACAUCAACUACAUCUCGUCCGCUGCAGGCAAGAUCGAGACGUACUGCGAAGACUGUGAAAUAA